UAUAAAUACGGUCGAAGCCAAACCCUGCAAGGUUGACCAUCAAAACUCCCUUUCAUCUGAUUCCUCAACAGGCUCUGAAACUUAUCAAUAGGGGCUGGAAUUCUGAUAAAACAAGAAAAAAAAUGGAAGAAGGUGCUUUCAACAACCCUCUAGAAGAACUGGAGCAGAUAGUGUCAGAGGAGCCAAGCACUAAUAAUAGGAGGGAAAGAACAUUAGAGGAAUACCGUACCUUGGGUGGUCCCCUCCUUCACGCCGCCGUAAAAGGUGAUUGGCCGGCUGCUAAGGCUUUUCUUGAGAAAUACCCAGACUGCGCUCAAGCUCCCAUAACGAAACAGCAAGGGACGGCACUCAACAAUGCGGUGGUUGCACAAGGCACAACUUUUACGAAAGAAUUGUUGAAAUGGAUGACUCAAAAGGACAUGGAAAUAAGAAACAUCAAAGGAGCUACGGCGCUUCACUAUGCUGCUCAAUCAGGAAUUGUCGAAAUUGCUGAGCAGCUGGUGAAAGUCAACAAGAAACCCCUAUUGAUCCAUGAUUACGAGGAAAACAUACCACUCCACAUUGCAGCUUGUCAAGGAAAUACAAAUAUGGUCUCUUAUCUAUUCUCUGUGACUCCUUUUGAACAUUUGAAUGCCAAUGAUCGCAUUCGACUCCUUCUUGAUACUAUUUACAAUGAUAUGUAUGAUAUCGCGUUGAAGAUUCUAGCAAUGGAUCCAGAAAUAUCAACUGCAGACAAUGCAUGUGGGUGGAAAGCUUUGGAAAUGUUGGCUAGGAAACCUUUUGCAAUUUGCAGAGAAAGUCAACUAUCAUUCUGGAAAAGUCGCUUAAAUUCCUGGUUCAAAGGGAUCUCUAACAAAGGUUUGAUGAAGACAUUAGCCCAUCAAUUAGUAGAACGCCUUUGGUUAAUGGUUGGAGUUCCUGACAACCCGUUCUCAUCAAAUAUGGUUAUGAAUUUAAUUAUAGAAGCUACAAAAGUUGGAAAUGUUGAAUAUCUAAUUAUACUUAUACGCUCUUACCCUGACCUAAUAUGGCAAGUAAACAAAAAUAACAUGAGUUUAUUUCACAUUGCUAUUUUAUAUGGGCAAGAGAGUGCUUUCAAUCUAAUAUAUGAGCUAGGUAGUAAUAAAAAUUACCUAGCAUCAUGUAAAACUUUUGAAACAAACGAGAACAUGCUACAUUUAGCUGGACAAUUGGCUCCUUUAGAUCGACUAAAUAUCGUAUCAGGAGCAGCUCUUCAAAUGCAACGAGAGUUAUUAUGGUUUAAGGAGAUAGAAAAGAUUGUGCCACUGUCAUAUGUGAACAUGAAGAAUUUUGAGGGACAAACACCUAAGGAGAUACUUAUAAAGAGACAUACAAAUUUGCAGAAAGAUGGUGAAAAAUGGAUGAAGGACACAUCAAACUAUUGCAUGCUCGUGGCGACAUUGAUUGCCACUGUGAUUUUUGCUGCAGCCUUCACUGUACCAGGUGGCAACAAUCAAGAAACAGGCACUCCUAUUUUAUUGAGAAGUAACUGGCUUAUGAUAUUCUUCAUAUCAGACGCAAUAGCAUUGUGUUCCUCUUCGACUUCAAUAGUAAUUUUUUUGUCAAUUCUCACGUCACGUUACACAGAAGAGGAUUUCUUCAACUCAUUACCCUCAAAGUUGGUGUUUGGACUUGCCACACUCUUCAUCUCCAUGGCGGGCAUGAUGGUAGCCUUCAGCGCAACUUGUUUUUUGGUGUAUAGCAGUGCAAGGGCAUGGGUUCCAGUUGUUGUAAUCACUUCGGUUACUAUCCCACUUACUUCCUUCGUUGUGCUGCAUCAUAACCUUUGGGUUGAUACAUUCCUCUCAACAUAGAAGUCUAGAUUUCUUUUUCGGCCAAAUAAACGUAAACUUUUCUAGCAGAAGAUGUUGUUUGGGGAAUUAAUGAUCAGAAAAUAUGAAAUACAAGUCAAUCAGAAGGAAGGAAAAUUGUCAGAGGUUGAAUGUAUGUUGAACAAGGAAGGCCAAGGAAAGAAUUGAGCAAACAAAGACUUAAUUUGGAUUUGAUGGUUCGUCUUUAACUAUUUCCAUCAAGACUUACGAUCCUGUGGUUUAUAUAUUUCUGCAUUUUCUUUUUCUUGAUUGUGAAUCCACAAUUGCUUUGAUCGUGUAGUCAAAUUGUCGUUUAGUAAUUUGACUAGCUACUAUAUCCACAAUUGUAGUCAAAUUGUAAGACUUCGAUUUAGCAACUGAUUCACUCGUAUAGUCGUACCCGUUCUUACAGAUUC